UAUUUCGAUCCUUUGAGAUUCUUUCAUCAUUCAGAAAUAAAAAACUAAAUUCAGCUGGAACAGGCACAUUUCUAGGAAGGAAUGUGACGGUUAAUUUAUAUCUCAUCGUCAUCUCACUUAUCAAACAAUGCUUCUCGUCCUCAUCUUGUUCUAAUCUUGUUGAGAGCAGGCGAAGAUUUGAAAUGCGCGCUACAGAUUCGGUAGUCGCCUGGCAAAAGUGGUACCCGCCUGACGUCACAAAACUUCAAGAUGGCAACAAAAAUCAAACUGGGACAAUAAUCAAAGAAAAGGACUGUGGUGGUUACAAAGGAAUACCUAAAUGAUCAUUCAUUUUUUCGAACCCUUAUAAUUUAAAAAAAUUAAUUUGAAGUGAAGUACGUAUUUGGAGACUUUACACAUUACUGGGAGAACAUCCAAUGCCCAGCAUGAGCAUUGGAAACGUCAUUCGUGAACUCAAAAUGACCGACUUGUCUUAGUUUUACCGUAUGCCUGCUCAUGCCUGAUAACAUUUGCUUUUCUACCUACCUACAUGUUCAGUAUCAGAAUCAAUUCCUCCUCUUAGUUUUGUGAAGUGUCCAGUUUUUGAGUAACCAUGGUGAGCUUACGAGCCAAGCGUGAAUCAAACCCUAGCUCUCCAGCUAAAUGUAAGGAAUCUCCCACAAAAUCCACUGCGAGGAAAGCAUCUACCAAACCGACAAGGCCUUCUUGCUCCUCCAAGGAGAAAACUUAUUUUGAUGCGAAAGUGAAGAAAGACCAAAGCAAACGUUUUGAAUAUUUGUUAAAACAGACUGAGAUUUUCUCUCACUUUAUGACGAAGGAGGCCAAAGAUGAAACGAUCGGCAAAUUAGGAAGAAAAUCUGAGAACAGAGAGUCGUCGGCCCCAAGCUCACCCUCCAAAAACAUCGGUGACACUCGACAACGUAAAACAGAGCAGGAAGAAGAUGAAGAACUCCUUGCUCAGAGCAAUUCGGAAGUGAAGGUGAUGACAACUUUUGAUAAAUCACCAUCAUACAUCAAAAAUGGAGAGAUGAGGGAUUAUCAAGUCAGAGGACUUAAUUGGAUGAUCUCUCUUUUUGAGAACGGGAUCAAUGGCAUCUUGGCUGACGAGAUGGGCCUAGGCAAAACCCUUCAAACAAUAUCAUUAUUGGGUUACAUGAAGCAUUAUCGGAACAUUAAUGGUCCGCAUCUAGUAAUCGUUCCCAAGUCCACAUUGUCUAACUGGAUGAAUGAAUUUAAAAAGUGGUGUCCCUCUCUUAAAGCGAUUUGUUUAAUAGGAGAUCAAGAAACCAGGAGAGUUUUUAUCAAAGAUGUGUUGAUGCCUGGUAAGUGGAAUGCAUGUAUCACUUCUUAUGAAAUGGUACUCAGAGAGAAAUGUGCUUUGAAAAAGUUUAAUUGGCGAUAUGUGGUCAUUGAUGAAGCCCAUCGAAUUAAAAAUGAAAAUUCUAAGCUUUUUGAGUUUGUCAGAGAAUUUGAGUCUGCUAAUCGACUUCUCUUGACUGGCACCCCCUUACAAAACAAUCUUCAUGAACUGUGGUCCUUGUUAAAUUUUUUACUUCCGGACGUAUUUGGGUCUGCAGAAGAUUUUGACGCAUGGUUUAACCUCAACAGAUGUUUUGGAGAUGAUGCAUUAGUUGAAAGACUCCAUGCCAUUCUUCGUCCUUUUUUGAUGCGUCGUAUCAAGUCGGAAGUGGAGAAAAGUUUGCUCCCUAAGCUAGAAACCAAAGUGUACAUCGGAUUAAGUAAAAUGCAAAGAGAGUGGUACACCAAAAUUUUAUUGAAAGACAUUGAUAUAAUAAAUGGUGCUGGAACCAUGGAAAAAAUGAGACUUUUGAAUAUAUUGAUGCAUUUGCGUAAAUGUUGCAACCAUCCAUACCUAUUUGAUGGAGCCGAAGACGGUCCUCCGUUCACCACUGAUGAACACCUAAUAACAAAUUGUGGAAAAAUGGUCAUUCUUGACAAACUACUCUACAAACUUAAAGAACAAGACUCUAGAGUUUUGAUCUUUUGUCAGAUGACCCGUAUGAUGGAUAUCCUAGAAGAUUAUUUCUUUUUGCGAGGAUACAAAUAUUGCAGGUUGGAUGGCAGUACACCUCAUGAAGAUAGGCAGCAAGACAUAGGUGCCUUUAACGCACCUGGAAGUGACAAGUUUGUCUACAUACUGUCAACUCGAGCUGGUGGUCUUGGUAUCAACUUAGCCUCUGCAGAUGUUGUCAUCAUGUAUGACUCUGACUGGAACCCUCAGGUAGAUUUACAAGCCAUAGAUAGAGUUCAUCGUAUUGGUCAAAAGAAACAAGUGAGAGUUUUCCGAUUGAUUACUGAAAACACUGUUGAAGAGAAAAUAAUUGAAAGGGCAGAGGUCAAGCUACGGCUUGAUAAGCUAGUUAUUCAGCAAGGUCGUUUAGCUGGUCAAAAAAAGACAUUGAAAAAAGGCGAAAUGUUGAACAUGAUCCAAUUUGGAGCUAAGCAUGUCAUAUCUUCCAAAGAUUCCGAAAUAACUGAUGAAGAUAUCGACACAAUUUUACAGAAAGGAGCCGCUAAAACAGAAAAAAUCAAAGAACAAAUGGAAGCUCUUGGAGAAUCGAACCUAAAAAACUUCACACCUGAUGCUCCCACAGAAUCAUUCUAUAUGUUUGAAGGCCAGGACUACAGAACCAAGCAAAAAUUAGUCAGUAUUGAAAACUGGAUUAAGCCACCUAGACGAGAAAGAAAAUCCAAUUAUUCUGAGCGAGAGCUAAUGCAUCAAGCGUAUUACGGAUCUAAAACACCUAAUGAACCUAAAGAACCCAAACAGCCUAAAUUUCCAAAGCCUGAAAAGAUUUUUGACUUUCAAUUUUUGCCAAAGCGUCUGUAUGAGCUUCAAGGAAAAGCAUUCCGAUGGUGGCAAAAAAGCCAUGAGCUACAAGCUUUAGACGCAAGAUUAGGCGACAAAGCAACCAAAGCCCAGUAUGAAGAACAGUUAAAAAUUGAUGAAGCCCAACCACUUACGGAGGAUGAAAUCGAGGAAAAAGAAGAGCUUUCAACUCAAGGAUUCAUGAAUUGGAGCAAAAAGGAUUUCCGUCAGUUUGUUAAAGCAAAUGAAGUUUAUGGAAGAGAUAAUCUUGAUAAAAUUUGUAAGGCAGUUGAAGACAAAACACCAGACGAAGUCCUGAAAUAUUGCUCAGUGUUUUGGGACCGAUUUCAAGAGCUACGCAAUUGUAAUCGUAUUCAGUCAUAAAUUGAGCUCGGUGAGGCAUCAAUUGAGCGAUUGAAAGCAAUCAAGAGAACUCUAGAUAACAAGAUGAAGUCGUAUCAAGAUCCAUUCACAGAGCUGCAAAUCGUGUAUGGUAAGAAAAAGCCAAAAUCGAUACCCACUAGAGCCAUGGGUUUUACUGAAGAAGACGAUCGAUUUUUGAUUAGCACAUUGCAUAUGCUUCUCAACUCCGAAUUUUAUUCUGAUGUUUGGGAACAAUUAAAGGAGGCCACUGAAUCAGCACCUGGUUUCCAGCAUAGCCGCAUCUUCAAGAAAAGUUCACCUUCUGAUUUGAAGAAACGCUGUAAGCACUUGAUUACGAUGAUAAACAAAGAAUUGCAACCACCUAUUAAUGACAUAGAAAAGGCCAAGAAAUACCAAGAAAGGAUGGAGAUAAAAGAAAAAAGAGACAGGGAAAGGAAAGAAGAAAAAGAAAAAAGAGACAAGGAAAGGAAAGAAGAACAAGAACCCUCUCCACCUAAAAAGAAGAAAAUUGAAAGAAAAAAUGGAAUUGAAACAGUUUCUUCUAAAUCUUCCACAGUUGAAGUAAAGUCCAAUGAUGAAACUUUGAAUAAUCCUGAUGACACUAUGAAAGCCAGUAUAAUGAAAAUACAGAAACAGAAGAGAAACCAAAUUUUUUUUUAUCAUACUUAUCAGGUGUCAUACGGUGGAAAACCAGUGCAUCUAGGAACUUCAUUUGACUCAGAUGAAGUAGUGAAUGAACCAACACAUAUCAGUUGGCCUUAUGAAGACAACACGUACUAUACCUUCAUGGUGAUUGGACCUGACGUACCAUCAAGAGAGAAUCCAGAUCCUGAGUUCCUCUCUUCGUGGGAACAUUGGAUGAUCGGAAAUAUUCCUGCGAAUAACUUAUCGGCAGGUGAUGUGCUAUCCGAGUACGUCGGUAUCACUGGCCCCGAGUAUGAAAUAGGGACUCAUCGAUUGGUGUUUUUAGUUUUCAAACAGAAUCCAGUGAGACAAUGGACCCUGGAGGGCAUGACCGUUAAUCAAACCAUAAUGUUCAAGGAGGGCUUACUGAAGAAAAAGGUAAUCGGUUUGAUGAGAUCGUCGUUUUACCCGAGGAGGAUACCAAAGAAGUACAACAUGGUGUUGGACCCAAUCGCUGUCAACUUCUGCGUCGUGCACCAAAAGAAACCCGUAUACGUCGAGCCAACUGAGCCUCCGGACGAGACCGAGACGCCGGAGGACUCGGAAGAACAAGAAGAACUGAGGAGGGCCAAGGCUGAAAAUCGGACGGUUGUAUUCAGUACAACAACCGAGGAAGUGGGAUCCUUAAUCUUGGACAGAUCCAGAACUUGGUCUUAAUGCCGUAGGAAAUCAUUAGGGAAUACUGAUGUAUCCUUUGUAAAUCUGCAAAUAUAUGUUUUAAUUUUCACGCUCUA